CUGCACCAGCACCACGGCGGUGGCGGUGGCGCCGCUCAGCGCCAGCAAGACCAAGACCAAGAAGAAGCAUUUCGUGUGCCAGAAAGUGAAGCUAUUCCGGGCCAGCGAGCCGAUCCUCAGCGUCCUGAUGUGGGGGGUGAACCACACGAUCAAUGAGUUGAGCAAUGUCCCUGUCCCUGUCAUGCUAAUGCCAGAUGACUUCAAAGCAUACAGCAAGAUCAAGGUGGACAAUCAUCUCUUCAAUAAGGAGAACCUCCCCAGCCGCUUUAAGUUUAAGGAGUACUGCCCCAUGGUGUUCCGAAAUCUUCGGGAGAGGUUUGGGAUUGAUGAUCAGGAUUACCAGAAUUCAGUGACACGCAGUGCCCCUAUCAACAGUGACAGCCAAGGCCGAUGUGGCACACGUUUCCUCACCACCUAUGACCGGCGCUUUGUCAUCAAGACUGUGUCAAGUGAGGACGUGGCUGAAAUGCACAACAUCUUAAAGAAGUACCACCAGUUCAUAGUAGAGUGUCAUGGCAACACCCUUUUGCCCCAGUUCCUGGGCAUGUACCGCCUGACCGUGGACGGCGUGGAAACCUACAUGGUGGUCACCAGGAACGUGUUCAGCCAUCGGCUCACUGUACACCGCAAGUAUGAUCUCAAGGGUUCUACUGUUGCCAGAGAAGCGAGUGACAAGGAGAAGGCCAAGGACUUGCCAACAUUUAAAGACAAUGACUUUCUCAAUGAAGGGCAGAAGCUGCAUGUGGGAGAGGAGAGUAAAAAGAACUUCCUGGAAAAACUGAAACGGGACGUAGAGUUUCUGGCUCAACUGAAGAUCAUGGACUAUAGCCUGCUGGUGGGCAUCCAUGAUGUGGACCGAGCAGAGCAGGAGGAGAUGGAGGUGGAGGAGAGGGCAGAGGACGAGGAGUGCGAGAAUGAUGGGAUGGGCGGCAACCUGCUCUGCUCCUACGGCACACCUCCGGACAGCCCUGGCAACCUCCUCAGCUUUCCUCGGUUCUUUGGUCCUGGAGAAUUCGAUCCCUCUGUUGAUGUCUAUGCCAUGAAAAGCCAUGAAAGUGCCCCUAAAAAGGAGGUCUAUUUCAUGGCCAUCAUUGAUAUCCUCACACCAUAUGAUGCUAAGAAGAAAGCUGCACAUGCUGCCAAAACAGUGAAACAUGGGGCGGGGGCCGAGAUCUCGACUGUGAACCCUGAGCAGUACUCCAAACGCUUCAACGAGUUCAUGUCCAACAUCCUGACGUAGUGACCUUCUACCUUCAGCCAGAGCCAGAGAGCGAGACGUGGGGUCGGGGAUCGGAAGGGGAAGAGGGUAUAUUUGGGCUAGAUGGGAGGGUGGGAGCAGAGUGGGGGUCAGGGAGGGCUUUAGCAGUGAGACUGUAGCCUGUGACACUGAGAGAGACUCUUAAGUUGGGAGGAGAGAUAUGCUGUGUGUGCACAUGCUCACAGGAUAUAGCCUCACCUUCUGCUUACCCUUGAUUUUUCCCCCCAUUUGACCCAGGUUAAAAAAGGGUUUCCUUUGUGUUACCUUGUAACCUUUUAAGAUACCUUUGGGAUAGAGGUGACUGUGGGUUUAUUUGGGUUCUGUUUCUGAAAUUUCAUUGCUCCAGAUUUGCUAUUUAUAAUGAUGUGUGUCAUCACCCUAUCCACCUUCCCCAACCCUGCCCCGAGUUCCCCUCAGUUAAAGAGGCACCCCAUAGACCUAGCCAAGGGUCCCCUCAGAGCCAAGUGCUCUGACGCCAGAGGAGAGGAGGUCAGACACCUCAGCCCUGCUGCAUUUGAUCUUGUCUGAAUUAAUUUUUUAAUUUUAUGAAGUAUUGUGCACAACUUCCUUCACCUUUCCUCCUUGGAUCCAAAUGAUUCCUCCGUCUAAAUGCUGUCCUCCUGAAGGAACACUCCAGAUCACCAUCCGUCAUCUUGGAUCAGAGUCAAAGAUCUCAGAGGAGAGUGAGUUCAUCCUCAUGGGAUGGUAAGGGGUGGAAGUUGCAGCUGGGCUCUUGGACAGUUGGUUCUCAGAGAACCCCAUAAUCAUCACUCAAGCCCCUGGGCUCUCUCAACCCCUGGAGUUCAGAUGUCCUCUCUAUAAAGCCUGCGUCCCACUGGGUCAAAAGGAACUAGAAAGGACCCCUGUGCUUAAAUGGUUAUUUCCCCCUUGGAGAAACCCCAGAAGCUGAUGAGUAUUAAAUGAAGGCUUGUGACCUCCAUCCAUUUACUUCCUUCUGACCUUUUCCAGGCACCCUCACUUAUAGGUGAGCCUUAAUUUGGGGCAGAUCUCCUGGUGCCUAGGCUGCUCCUUACAGAGAUUCCCUUUUGAGCCCCAGGGCUACAGUGUAGGUAAUUUGACUCCCUGUGCCUGUGGUUUUGUUACCCUGAUGGACGUUAUGGCCAGCAGGGAGUGAUAACCCCCACCUUGGAAUGUGGUUCCUAAGCCUGAGAUUGUUUCCGGGUCACUUGAAAAUGUGACCCAGGAAAUCCAAUUUGGAGGCUUGAUGUGGGGUUGGACCUGGCCCCAGCCUUGGGGCUGUUUUUCCUUGAUGCCCCGCUCUAGACUUUUAGCAGAUCUGCCACCCACAGGCUUCCUCAGGAGUGGCGUCCUGCAGCUUCCUUAGAAUCUCCACCCACCUUCUGAGCCUUGCUACCCAGGCCUCAGAAUUGAGCCGUGUGUCAUUCUUUGAUGACAUCAGAGCAGUCUGGUCUGGCUAGGAGAGAAAACGGCCCUGCACUAGGGGAGGUACAUUCCUGUAUCUUCUCACCCUCUCACCAGGAACUGGGGAUUUGGGAUGAGAUAUGGUAAAACGUGUAGAUAAUCCCAGAUGCGAGAAAGUUUGUGGAAGUAUUUUGAGUGAAUGGAUUGACUUCCUGUGGCUCCCUCCAAACCUGGCCACGUUCAGCUUCUGGAUCAGGAACCAGCACCGUCUCUGUGCCCUACCUGUAGCAUCUAGGCCAGGAAGGAAUGGAGACAGCAUUCUUGGACUCCUCUAGGGCUGCCAGGACCUUCUGGAAGAGGCAAACAACUGCCCUAGCCCCAGGAAGAGGCCAUAGGUAGCUCUGAACAUCCGUAGUAAGACCACCAAGUGACUUGGGGAAGAACUUGAAACCAAGUGGCUCAUGGAGAAAAUAAAUUUGACGUAGGAAGGGAUUACAUAGGAAUAAUGUUUGGACUUGAUUUCCCCACCUCCUAAUCAAGAAUGAAAAUUUGGAUCUGCUCCUAGUCAGGCCCAGCAACUCCAAAGCUUGGCAGGCUGUCCUCCGGCAGCCUCCACAGCCUCGGGCUCCCACCGGCUUCCUGCAUUUUGUCUGCUGAUCAUGUUGCCAUAAUGUGUAUGAACUGUGUAACACAAUCUUUUCAGUUAAAGAUGAGCUACCAGGUAUCUAACUUCUUUAACAUUGAGUUUUUGUGUUUUUGUGGGGGGGGCGGGGUUGUUUUUGUUUUUGUUUUUGUUUUUUUGUAUAUUGUUUACAUUUUGAGAGGUAGAACCUGUUUCAAAUGCUCUUUUCGUGUUUCUGACAGUAUUGUUGAUUGGGUCAGAACAUUUGAGCUGUGGUUUGGUGGAUUUUAGAUUUUUUUAAAAGGUCAUUUUCUGUGUUAUCUUCAAAACCUUGGGUUUGGCCCUCUAAUUCUUUUGGCAUUCAACUGUUUAAAAGCUAUUUAUCUUGGUUUAUACAAGUUUUCUUUCUCUUCUUUUUGUAAUGAUGAAGAUAUUAUAUUUGGUUUGCAGUCUGAAUGUGGAGAAAGUGAACCGAUCCCCAAAUAUUUGUCUGCCCUCACUUUUUCCUGAAUCCCACCAUUCCCUCUCUGGGCAGUGGAACGUAUCUUAGGGGAAAUGACUACCCUCAACCUUACUCUUUGGAGCCAGGAAGGUCAACAGCCUUAUGGUAUCCCAGAAUAAUUUUGGGUCUCCCAAGAACAAAAUUAUAAGAAUAGGACAUGGCUGACUGGGUAAGGUCUGGAGGGGAAUAAGGGCAGGAUUCCUCUCCUGUUCCCUCCAUUACCACCUAACAAGUUACAGCUUCUCACAUCCUGCCCCUCUUCUGAAAGUCAGCAGCUAAGAAACUAUCGUCUCCCAGCCAAAGUGAGUUGUCUGAAAACUCUGCUUAGACCACUAGAUGAAGGCCUCUGGCCCUUGUUCCUGUUAAUGAACCACUGAGUCUUAUCCCCCCAGUGCAGCUCCUUCCCUGUGACCCGCAGUUGGUGGGUAAGGGGUAGGGCUGGGAAGCCAGCAGUUCCAGGAGCACAGACUUAACAGUGCUCAGUCUUUUCUUACGUAGCUCAGGGGUUAGUGGUCUGUGGCAGGUGCCACGAGUCGCCCCCGUGGCUGUUCUCAGUGGCACUCCAUAAAUUCCUACCACAGACAGCUCUUCCUCCUCUCUCCCUCUUCCUACUUGUUUCUCUUGCCUGUGCUUUAGGCCUCAAACAGGUCCCCUGGUAGUACUCAGGACUUGGGACUACGGACUCCUCCCCUAGUGACUUUCCCCUUGUCACAGUCUGCCAGGGCCUGCCCUGGGGAGGUGGACCAAAGACCCAAGACUUUUCUCAGUAGCCAAUCCCAAUUGUCUUUUUACUGGUUCAAGUUGGGAGAGGGAAGAAACUUGAGCACUCCCAACAUUUGAGCUACUCAAGUGUUAGGGACUGGAGGGGAGUGUGUUUAUAUAACCUUUAGGGCUCUGGCCUUAGACCUGUGGCUCCCCCAACCCUAGGGACCUCACCUCUUUCUGGCAGAAAUGUGGGAAGUGAGGUUCACUUUGAGCACAGGAAUCAAAGGGAAAACACAUUCAAACGACUGCCCCUAAAUUUACCAGCUAUCUGCAAGGGUCAGUGUACAUGGCCCUACUAGCCUUCCUCUGCAAUGUGCCACUUACGAAGGGGUUCUCCAAGGGAAGAGACUCAGCUGUCCCCAGGUUGUGCUAGGAUCUUUCGGAGGUUGGAAAGGAAUAUUCCAGAGGAGCCUCUUCCCCUUGGCUCAGAGCCAUUUUCUAAGGAAGGAGGAACCAACAACCUUUGGGGGAAGGCUGGGUGCUGCUCAGCACACCCAAACAUCAGGUCAGGCAUUGUAAUAAAAAAAUGUGAAUUAAGUUUAAAUUUUGGGGGGGCGCAGGAUAAACUACCACCCCACCAUACGUGUGUGACUUCUCCAUUUCCCACUGCAAUUUCCAUUUUUUAAAUAGGAAUUUUCAGCCCCUGUGCUUGUCUAAUGUCUGCUUGGAACAAUUCGAGAACCUGUUACUGUUUUAAAAUGCAUGCAUGUUAAGAUGAAUCUCCAACCCAAGGAAAAUAAAACUCAAAAAGCUUUGUGUAUACAUUGA